CCCCAAACAAGCCCAAAGUCACAAGAAUGUGACUUGUCCCGUGGAUAAGCUGGAUAAGGCAACGAACUGGAAAAUUUCUUCUUCUCGAACUGAAAUUUCAAUUUUCUUCUGUCUUGAGCUUCACACGCACAGCAAUGGCUGGAGCAGUGAUUCAUAGCAUAUCGUGUGGCCUUUCUGGAAUGUUCCAAAGCCUCUCUAUCGCCAGAACUCCAAUUGCCGCCAACGCCGCCAUCAGGCCCCUCAGCUUUUCCUCCGCCACUUCCCUAAACCCUUUCUCCAAAGGACUAGUCUUGGUAAGCCCCGUUCAAAUGCCACUCCGGCGCACUAUCGUGUGUGAAGCCGCGCCUAAGAAAAAGGCGGACUCGGCUGCUAAAAGGACUCGCCAAGCCGAGAAGAGGCGCAUUUACAACAAGGCGCGGAAAUCUGAGAUUAGGACUCGGAUGAAGAAGGUUCUAGAAGCACUUGAUGUUCUUGGAAAGAAGCCCGAGGCACAACCUCAAGAUGUUCUUCCCAUUGAGACACUGAUUGCUGAGGCGUAUUCUGUCAUCGAUAAAGCUGUGAAAGUUGGAACACUUCAUCGGAAUACAGGAGCAAGGAGAAAGUCCCGACUUGCUCGAAGAAAGAAAGCCAUUGAGAUCCAGCGUGGCUGGUAUAUGCCUGCACCACCUGCAGCUCCAGCUCCCACAGCAUAAUGUUAAUCUUUUAUGUGAUGUAUAUGUCUAGUCGAUUCAGUUUAUUAUUUCUCCUGGGGAUUUUGAUCAUGAGAUGUUGUCCCUUUUUCCCAAUAUAUCACUCACAACGGGGAUCAAACGUUUUGUGAAUUAUCUUUCCCUAUAUCCUGUGUAGUGAUGUGAUGCUCAAUAAUGCGUACCAAAUAUGUCUUUCAUAAAUAGAGCAUUGCUGACCGCUCACCUAUUCUGAUGGCAA